UUUUUGGCAGACUUUUUGCAUUCAUCACUUCCACACCCACCUCUGCAAAUUGCAAGCUCAUCCCCGCUGACUGCUCCUAAUAAGGUCUCUGGUCUUUAUCGAACACUCCAACAACCGAGCAUUUUAAUGCGGCGCGAGAUCGUCUAUGACGAGAGAUUUUGGGCCGUUAGAUUGUAUGAAUUUUAUUUAUGUUUUAAAAUUUUUGAAUGAUUUAACGGCUAAAAAACCCCUUUGAAGUUUUUCGGCAUAGAAGAUCUCGGACCCAUCGAAUACAUACUUUAAUAUAUGCAAUCACAUACCCCAACCCAAUAAACUAUAGAUAUAGCUAGUUACCCUCUUGGUUAAGGUCUUCAUCCUAUAGAAUUAUUUCCAGCCGGAAAAUCAGAAGAAGCAGCCAUGACGACCGCUGAUUCAAUUGGAUCACCAACUAGGCUUCAGGGAAAACUUUUUGCAAUGGUGGUAUGCUUUGUUCUAGGACUUGGGUCCCUUGUUGCCUGGAACAGCAUGUUGACAAUUUCAGAUUACUACUAUAACCUUUUCCCGAAAUACCACCCUGCAAGGGUACUUACCCUCGUUUAUCAACCAUUUGCACUUGGAACAAUUGCAAUACUUGCACAUACUGAGGCAAAGAGCGAUACGAGGCAACGUAACAUGACCGGAUACAUCCUGUUCUUCUUAAGUACUUUGGCUCUCUUAGUUCUGGAUUUAGCUACAUCAGGCAAAGGCGGAAUCGGAAACUAUAUUGGUAUAUGUGUCAUCGUUGCCGCCUUUGGAGUUGCGGAUGCCCAUGUUGAAGGUGGAAUGGUUGGAGAUCUAUCCUUAAUGUGCCCCGACUUCAUGCAAUCCUUUCUAGCUGGUUUGGCUGCAUCUGGGGCUCUCACUUCUGCUUUGAGACUCAUCACUAAAGCUGCCUUCGAAAAAUCUGCCAAUGGUCUUCGCAAAGGAGUCAUGUUAUUCCUAGCAAUCUCCACAUUCUUUGAGUUUCUAUGCAUUUUCCUAUAUGCAUACAUCUUUCCUAAACUACCAAUUGUGAAGUACUACCGCACAAAGGCAGCCUCGGAAGGAUCAAAAACUGUUUCAGCAGAUCUUGCUGCUGCUGGCAUCCAAACAGAAGGUGAAGGUGACGAUAAACAACAACAGAUAUUGAGCAAGAAGCAAUUGUUAUUUCAGAACAUAGACUAUGCAUUGGACUUGUAUUUAAUAUAUGUCCUGACUUUAUCCAUUUUUCCUGGCUUCUUAUACGAAAACACUGGAAAGCACCAGUUAGGCUCAUGGUACGCACUUGUUCUGAUAGCGAUGUACAACGUUUGGGAUCUGAUAUCGAGAUACAUUCCUGUCGUAGAAUGCCUCAAGAUAAAAUGUCGAAAAGGACUUAUGUUAGCCGUACUGUCUCGUUUCUUGCUCAUCCCUGCAUUCUACUUCACUGCUAAGUACGGUAGCCAAGGAUGGAUGAUAGCACUCGUAUCCUUUCUGGGCCUAACAAAUGGUUAUCUCACCGUGUGUGUCCUCACAGAAGCUCCAAAAGGCUACAAGGGUCCGGAGCAAAAUGCUUUGGGUAAUUUGAUGGUGUUGUUUCUCCUAGGCGGCAUAUUUUCAGGAGUUGCUCUUGAUUGGUUGUGGCUUAUUGGUAGUCAUGAGCAGUUUUGAAAGCUUUAAUCUGACAAACUGCCUGUUGAUCUCGAUGAAGAAAGACAAGUUCACUAUACCUAAUUUACACUGUAGAUUACUGAAUUUUCGAACUUGUAUAUCGGAAGACAAGCCAUGGACCAUCUCGAUGCAUUCUUAUCUAGAAUUCGUCAUCCACGGUUAAAUUGGUGAUCAAACUUUCUCACAGUCGGACGUUUUAUCUCCAACUCUCUGUUAAGCAUUGGAAUGUAAGUUUGCAUAAACAUGGUGUUAUAAAAGUUGUUAUCUUGAAAUAUUUGAGUGUAUAGUGAGAUGGUGAUUUGCUUU